AUGUCGUCUGUCAAGGACUUUCCCAAGAUCAAGGCCAUUAGGUCAUUCAUCAUUGGUGGUGUUGGAUCAGGUGGUGAUUAUCACAACGUUAAAGGUGGUCAUUGGCUCAUCGACAGCGAUAUCUCGACACCAGCUUCAAAAUGGGAGCAAUACAAGAAGUCUCGAACUAGCUGGGGCAUCAACGUUCUGGGUUCAUUCCUAGUUGAGAUUGAAGCCACUGAUGGAACAGUCGGAUUUGCUACUGGCUUUGGUGGUCCUCCGGCCUGCUGGCUCGUUCACCAGCACUUCGAGCGUUUCCUCAUCGGCGCCGACCCUCGCAAUACCAACCUUCUCUUCGAGCAAAUGUACCGAGCGUCCAUGUUCUACGGUCGCAAAGGCCUACCCAUCGCCGUUAUCUCAGUUAUUGACCUUGCCCUCUGGGAUCUUCUCGGAAAGGUUCGCAACGAGCCUGUCUACCGCCUUAUUGGCGGCGCUACCAAGGAGCGUCUCGAUUUCUACUGCACUGGUCCCGAGCCCACAGCUGCUAAGGCUAUGGGAUUCUGGGGAGGCAAGGUCCCUCUGCCAUUCUGCCCCGAUGAUGGACACGAGGGUCUACGCAAGAACGUCGAGUUUCUGCGAAAGCACCGUGAGGCUGUUGGCCCCGACUUCCCCAUCAUGGUCGAUUGCUACAUGAGUUUGAACGUCAGCUACACUAUCGAACUUGUCAAGGCUUGUCUCGAUCUCAACAUCAACUGGUGGGAGGAGUGCUUGUCACCUGAUGAUACCGAUGGCUUCGAGCUCAUCAAGCGCGCACACCCUACUGUCAAGUUCACCACAGGCGAGCACGAAUACUCCCGAUAUGGUUUCCGCAAGCUUGUCGAGGGCCGAAAUCUCGAUAUCAUCCAGCCCGACGUCAUGUGGCUUGGUGGUUUGACCGAGCUUCUCAAGGUCGCAGCAUUGGCUGCUGCAUACGACGUCCCAGUCGUCCCCCACGCCAGUGGUCCUUACAGCUACCACUUCCAAAUCUCUCAGCCCAACACCCCCUUCCAGGAGUAUUUAGCCAACUCUCCCGAUGGAAAGAGCGUGCUGCCGGUGUUUGGAGACCUCUUCAUUGAUGAGCCAAUUCCUACCAAGGGUUACCUCACCACCGCCGACCUGGACAAGCCUGGGUUCGGACUGACCAUCAACCCCGCUGCACGAGCCAAGCUCAUUCCUAGCGAUUACCUGUUCAAGGUCCCUGAGAUACCUCAAAGCCUUUCAGCUGGUAACGAAAACAACUCGAGCGAGCAGUCUAGCAAGCCCAAUGGAACUCUUGACUCUUUGGCCGCUAAAGUGGAGAGUCUUAAAACGUCGACAAGUUCUUAA